AUGGUGAAGAUCGUGACCGUGAAGACCCAGGCGUACCCGGACCAGAAGCCCGGCACGAGCGGGCUGCGGAAGCGGGUGAAGGUGUUCCAGGGCAACGCCAACUACGCGGAGAAUUUCAUCCAGAGUAUCGUCUCCACGGUGGAGCCGGCGCUGCGGCAGGAGGCCACGCUGGUGGUGGGCGGGGACGGCAGGUUCUACAUGCAGGAGGCCAUCCAGCUCAUCGUCCGCAUCGCCGCCGCCAACGGGAUUGGCCGCUUGGUUAUUGGGCAGAAUGGAAUCCUCUCCACCCCUGCCGUUUCCUGCAUCAUUCGAAAGAUCAAAGCCCUUGGUGGGAUCAUCCUGACAGCCAGCCACAACCCUGGAGGGCCCAACGGAGAUUUUGGAAUCAAAUUCAAUAUUUCCAAUGGAGGCCCUGCUCCUGAAGCAGUAACUGAUAAGAUUUUCCAAAUCAGCAAGACAAUAGAAGAAUAUGCAAUUUGCCCUGACCUCAAAGUAGACCUUGGAGUUCUGGGAAAGCAGCAGUUUGACCUGGAAAACAAGUUCAAACCUUUCACAGUGGAAAUUGUGGAUUCGGUGGAAGCGUACGCUGCGAUGCUGAGGAACAUCUUUGAUUUCAGCGCCCUGAAAGAACUGCUUUCGGGUCCAAACCGGCUGAAGAUCCGCAUCGAUGCCAUGCACGGAGUGGUGGGGCCGUAUGUAAAGAAGAUCCUCUGCGAAGAGCUCGGUGCCCCUGCCAACUCGGCAGUCAACUGCGUUCCUCUGGAGGACUUCGGAGGCCACCACCCUGACCCCAACCUCACCUACGCCGCUGACCUGGUGGAGACCAUGAAGACAGGAGAGCAUGACUUCGGGGCUGCCUUUGAUGGAGAUGGGGACCGAAACAUGAUUCUGGGCAAGCACGGCUUCUUUGUGAACCCUUCGGACUCCGUGGCUGUCAUUGCUGCCAACAUCUUCAGCAUUCCGUACUUCCAGCAAACAGGGGUCCGCGGCUUGGCACGCAGCAUGCCCACCAGCGGGGCCCUGGACAGGGUGGCCAAUGCUACAAAGAUUGCUUUGUAUGAGACCCCCACUGGUUGGAAAUUUUUUGGGAAUUUGAUGGAUGCCGGCAAACUGUCCCUCUGUGGGGAGGAGAGCUUCGGGACCGGUUCUGAUCACAUUCGUGAGAAAGAUGGACUCUGGGCUGUCCUUGCCUGGCUCUCCAUUCUAGCCACCCGCAAACAGAGUGUGGAGGACAUUCUCAAAGAUCACUGGCAGAAGUAUGGCCGGAAUUUCUUCACCAGGUACGAUUACGAGGAGGUGGAGGCCGAGGGCGCCAACAAAAUGAUGAAAGACCUGGAGGCCCUGAUAUCUGAUCGCUCCUUUGUGGGGAAGCAGUUCCCAGUGGGUGACAAAGUUUACACCGUGGAGAAGGUCGACAACUUUGAAUACAGCGAUCCAGUGGACGGAAGCAUUUCGAGAAAUCAGGGCUUGCGGCUCAUUUUUACAGAUGGUUCUCGCGUCAUCUUUCGACUGAGUGGCACCGGGAGUGCAGGGGCCACCAUUCGACUGUAUAUCGACAGCUAUGAGAAGGACAUCGCCAAGAUCCACCAGGACCCCCAGGUCAUGCUGGGCCCCCUGGUGUCCAUUGCUCUGAAGGUCUCCCAGCUCCAGGAAAGGACGGGGCGCACCGCACCUACCGUCAUCACCUAA